GCGUACAACUUCAGGUGUAAUUACCAGCUGAUUAUAUAUCAAGUAUUUUGUGAAGAGCCUUACGUAUCAGCGCUGUAUUUUGUGUAUAAUACGAAGAGGAUGCCGAAGCAGAGGUUUGCCGAUUCAACUUGAUUGUUUAUUCACUAUAUAAUAUCGUUGGAAAGAAGUGUCACGUACUCACUCAUCAACGGGAUGACUGCUGAGACGAACGUAAAAGGUUAUGCGCCGUUACCCCAAAGCAUCAGCAAUACCGACACCGAGGACGACGACGAAGAUCACCAACAUAGUCGCACCGAGUCUUUGUCCAAAGAUGACAAUCAAUCCAGAAUAAGUGACACUACCCAAAUAUGCCAGAAUGGCAGGUUUUGUCCACUUGAUGAAACCAAAAACCUUGCAAAUAGAUCAAGAAAUGGAAGAAACUCAUUUGGGUACAGUAAUGACAAUAUUCCAAUCAUGAUAUUAGAUGGACAAAGUCACGAUGACCUCUGGAAGAGGCAUGAUAUGUCACCACUUAGACGUUUCUCUUUAGUUGUAUCAGUAUUACUAUGUGUGCUAACUAUAUUGAUAUUCUUAUAUGUACUACCUUGUGAUAACUCAGCGAUAUGCCCACCUGUACCCGAACCAAAGACUUCUGUAUCAUGGGAUAAGACUUUAGAGGGUGUUGAAUUACAUGGACGAAUAACUCUGAUUCCUAGUAAACCUUACAAUUUAAUAUUCCUGUUACGAGGCCAACAGUUUGGUGACAAAGGUCCUCGAGGUACAGUAGGCCUGCAGCAAAUAACUCCUGGUGGAGGUGGUGUUUUAUCAAUGCAAGGCACCAAUGGUAUCCCAUUAUGGUGGGUGGUACUAAAACGUGUACCAACAGAUAUAAAUUGCGAGCUCCUGGAUACCGAUGGAUCAGGUAAACCAGAUUGUUUGGUAUCGGGUCAAGGUGGCCUACUAGUCAGCAUUGAACCAAUUGCUGGUACCAUUCAUUGGAACUCAGACACUCAUACUCACUCGGAUUUACCGAUGUUGCUUUCGGAUGUUGAUUCUGAUGGAAUCGAUGACUUACUCAGCAUUGAGUUGGCUAAUGUUGGCUUCAACCUCGUCUUGCUUUCUGGUAGAACCGGCAAACUCAUACAUCCAUGGCCUAUGCCUAAAUGUCGGAGAAUUAGUUUGGAUAGUAUCGACGCUGCUUUUGUACUUAAGUACACGUGCUACAAUGAAAGUAAUGUUGAAAAAACUAUUCUUCUAAAGAAUCUUAUAGAAUCGGCAAAUGAUGUUAAACCUGAUCGCAAAUUAUCUUUAUCGAGCAUACCAACUCCUACGCCUAGUUCAACUGUUUAUCCUAAUAAGACGUCGGUGGAUAGUUGGGAUUUGACACCUUAUCAUAGGUUGUAUGUGUGCAAUCUCGGUGGCGAUGCUUGCCCUGAAGACGAGUGCAAAGCUCAUGUGAAUUUGACUCUUCGUCGCGGAGUCAACGAGAGUCGAAUCUGGGAUCAUGUCAGCCCAAUGAGCUUUGUCACUAAACCGGCUAUAUUGGAUAAUUCUAAUCAGAAUUACACUACUGGAUUUGCCUUGAAGUUUUGGAGUUGGACUAACGAUACCAGCGAUAAGAAUAAAAUAUCACGGACAAACAUGAGGAGUAUACGCCAACAGAAUCUCACUGAGCACGUGAGCAUCGUUUACGUAAACAACACUGAGGUGCGCGAAAUAAACCCAAGCCAAAGCGAAUUGCUGCAAAUAUGUCGCGGCAACGUUUGUCAACCGAGUUUAUCACGACAGGCGUACUCGAUUAGUAUAGCUGACUUGAAUAGUGACGGAGUAUUAGAAUUAAUCAGUUAUCGCUCGAGCUAUAGCUAUGCUAACGAUCCGGCUAAAGCUAAUCUCACUUCUAAGGUGCAAGUUGUCAAGCUUGAUUCGGUGUUUUAAAAUAUCAUGACUUUGUUGUAACGAAACAAAUGAGCUUUGUGUAUUUGCUUUAUCACGCUAAUCUGCGAGAGUAUUUAGAUGCUACUAUCGCGGGAUAUCUAUGUUGUUUUUAUUUAUUUUUAAUAUAUAUACAUACAUAUAUAUUUAUUUAUUUAUUUAUUUGAUAAGUAAUACUUGACAAAGCUUCAAACACGCUAAUGCAUAAUGUAUUUAAUUGGAUAGACUUUUUCCAAUAAAAUUCUUGAAUAUAUUCUGCUUCCUUUCGAUUAACGAGUAUCAGUGAUUUCUAUGUUGUUACUUAUUUACUAUUAUAAUAAAUACUAUAGUAAUUAAACAUCAAAUAAAAAUCAAAUCAAAUCAAGCUAUGAUACCAUAUAGAUUUAUGCAUAAGAAUAUGUAUAACCGCUUAUUAGUACUAUCAAAGGUACAUCUUGAAAAAAUGUAUGUUACUUUAUUACGAGUUAUGAUAUAAAAUAUCUAACAUUAAAAAUCCACAUAGUUAUUUAAAAA